AUGGAGUUACCCUCUGUUUCACCUACUUAUGUGGCGCUGUUGAACGACACGCCAGUGGAAUAUGAGGAUGGAGAUGACCCGGAUGCUGUCACGCUACUCUCUAUACUGCUUGUUGGUAUAUUUCUCUCGCUGCUCAUCUUUUUGAGCAUAGCGGGUAAUAUACUGGUAUGCAUUGCUAUAUACACCGACCGAGGGUUGCGCCGGAUCGGCAACCUGUUCUUGGCAUCGUUGGCCAUAGCUGACAUGCUUGUAGCGGCUGCCGUCAUGACAUUCGCUGGAGUUAACGAUUUACUUGGUUAUUGGGUAUUCGGAGAACAGUUCUGCGAUACCUGGGUGGCGUGUGACGUCAUGUGUUCUACAGCCUCCAUCCUCAACCUGUGCGCGAUUUCGCUCGACAGAUAUAUACAUAUUAAAGAUCCUUUAAGAUAUGGACGCUGGGUAACUCGCCGCGUAGCAGUCGUCACGAUCGCCAUGAUCUGGCUCCUAGCUGGUCUAGUGAGCUUUUUACCAAUCUCUCUUGGUCUACACAGGCCUGAUGAAGAGGCGCUAGCAACACAGAAACCACCGAGGCACCCAACUUGCGCCCUGGUUCUCACGCCGACGUACGCAGUAGUCUCCAGUUGCAUUUCUUUUAUACUUCCUUGUAUUGUGAUGAUAAGUAUAUACUGCAGACUGUACUGCUACGCCCAGAAACAUGUGAAAUCCAUCCGGGCAGUAACUCGGACGGUGCAAAUGCCAGACAACCGGACGAAAUCAGUCCGGACUCGCGUGCAUACGCAUGUACACUCGUCUCCAUACCACGUAUCUGAUCACAAGGCGGCCGUCACCGUGGGUAUCAUUAUGGGAGUGUUCCUUCUGUGCUGGGUGCCUUUCUUCUGUGUCAACAUCGUUGCCGCGUUUUGUAAAACUUGUAUACCGGAUCUGGCUUUCAAAAUCCUGACAUGGCUCGGAUAUUCCAACUCCGCGUUCAAUCCUAUAAUUUACUCAAUUUUCAACACUGAAUUCAGGGAGGCUUUUAAGAAGAUUCUUACAUCAAGGUAUCCUCUAUGCUGCGGUUACCAAAGCGUAAGAGCCAACACUCCUAUACGAAAUGACAACUUCGUCACAGAUUAUGGAACUAAAACUCUCGUCGUGCGUCGAAGCGGCUCCUUGGGUCUUUCCGGAGUUGAUCCAACACCAAGGUCAUCGGCCGAGUCUGUUCGGCCCUUGAGGGAAUAUCACAUUUGA